GGCCUGCGCUGAUAACUAGCCUCCGUCCGCCCCGCCCCGCCCUACUCUCGAGCCGCCGGGUUCCAACGGCCCCCGCCGGGGCUCAGCGCGGCAAAGGCUUUGUCAGACGGGGCGGGUGGGACGUGGGUGCUUCUGUCCUUCCUCUGGAUUGACCUGGAAGGAGGAGGUUGAGGCGAAGGAGCCGGUGUCGGGCUGCAGCGCACAGCCCGACCUUGUGUGCAUUUCUCUGCCCCAUUUCACUUUUGUGGAGCUUACUCCUAAGUAAGUGGGCGUAGGAUCGUCGCCUUAGGAGGCUCCUCAAGACGCCGUGGCCGGAUUAAUACCCACCCCUCUCCACAUUCCCAUCAUGGAGAAGUAUCAUGUCUUGGAGAUGAUUGGUGAAGGCUCUUUUGGAAGAGUGUACAAGGGGCGUCGCAAAUACAGUGCACAGGUGGUGGCCUUGAAGUUUAUCCCUAAAGUGGGUCGCUCACAGAAAGAGCUGAAGAAUUUGCAGCGAGAGAUUGAGAUCAUGAGGGGGCUUCAUCAUCCCAACAUUGUCCAGAUGCUUGACAGUUUUGAAACUGAUAAAGAGGUUGUGGUAGUGACAGAUUAUGCUGAAGGGGAGCUUUUUCAGAUCCUUGAGGAUGAUGGGAACUUGCCUGAGGAGCAGGUGCAAGAUAUUGCCUCUCAGUUGGUCUCGGCGCUCUAUUAUCUGCAUUCCCACCGAAUCUUGCACCGUGACAUGAAACCCCAAAACAUCCUUCUUGGGAAAGGAGGAGUGAUCAAGCUCUGUGACUUUGGGUUUGCCCGUGCAAUGAGUAUUCACACCAUGGUGCUGACAUCUAUAAAAGGCACUCCACUGUAUAUGGCGCCUGAGCUAGUGGAAGAGAAACCCUAUGACCACACAGCUGACCUCUGGUCAGUGGGAUGCAUUCUGUAUGAGCUGUGUGUGGGGACACCACCCUUCUACACCAACAGCAUCUUCCAGUUGGUGAGCUUGAUCAUCAAGGACCCCAUCAAGUGGCCAAAAAACAUGAGCCCCAACUUCAAGAGCUUCUUGCAAGGCCUGUUGAUGAAAGACCCUCGGCAGCGCCUGUCCUGGCCAGAGCUACUCUAUCACCCCUUCAUUGCAGGGCUGGUCACUGUAAUUGAUGACACAGCAGAUCAAGGCAUUACCAACCCUUUCACCAGCAAACUGCCUCCUGAAUUGCAGGCCCUGAAAGAGCAGCAGACACACUCGCUGGCCCCUCACAGUGGCCAGUCAAAGAUCUUGAGGAAAGCACGGCAGAAGAUGGCCCAGGAGGCUCGGAGAAAGGAGAUGGGGAAAUCCAGGGCUUCGUUUAAGGAAGAAACCCCCAAGGGGGUCCAGAGCCAUACACGCAAAGCCUGCCUUGCUCAGACAGAUCCCAGAGAAGUGAAUCGGGCAGCUCCUGGCACUGGAGAAGAGAGGCACCUUAGCCUUGGAGGAAAGGGAAUGGAGUGGGAGCAAAAGGAAUCUUCCCCCACACCUCGAGAGAAUCGGAUCACACAGGAUUACGAGCGGGAAUUCCCAGAGCUGAGGCCAGAAAGUGGCAGAGCAGAAGCACGAGGCAGACGCAGCAUUGACACUGUGGAUCUGGAGACUGAGGAGUUGGAUAGCGAUGAGGAGUGGCAGCACUUGAUAGAUGCCACAGAUCCUGCCCAUGUGCAGCUGAGUGCCCCACUGAGCCUUCUGGGAGACCCUGCUUUUGUGCAGCGCAUCCAUGCCCGACUCAAGGAUUCUGGUCGGCAGGUGCUGGAGGGAAUGCUGGAGGGAGCUUCCCAUCUUCGCCCUGCCCUCCAUGUUAUUGGCAACUUGUUAGGUACCCGCUGUGACACGGAGCUGUUGUACAACUUCUGCAGUGACACAGGAUUAUCCCACUUCCUUGUGGAGCUAGCGGGAAGUAUCCUGGAGAGUAUCAACAUCAAGCAGCAGCCCUGGUACAUCACCCUACUGAUAGACUUAAUCACUGUCUUGUCAGCCUACUUUGCCAGUGAUUUCAACCGACAGCAGAGUGGAAAGAAGCAAAGUUUGCAGGCAUUCCACAGUUCUGCCUGUCGCUUCCUUGUCCUGUUACCUGCACUGCUGGUUCAGCCCACAGACCAAGAGAGCAGGCUGCGAGAACAAAGCCUGAUGUGCUUCACCCACUUGUGUGAGAGCAUGGAUUGUGCCUGCCCAUCCAUCUCCAUUCCCUUUUACACCAGCUUGUUUGAGGAGCAUCACCGCCUUCUGGAUGUGCUCUGCCACGAGGCUAGCUGUAAGCAGCCAGCUCAGGAAGUGUUCCCCAAAGAAGCAAAGGCAGCGCAAGAGUGGAGUGAACACUUGGCAGUUGCCUCUACUGCAGCCCUAGCUGCAUCCUGCGGCAUCCCAGGAGGGCACAGCACAUGUCAUAAGGCCAAAAAGCAGAUCUCUCAGCAAGUAGCCCAGAAGCUCAUUGAGAAAGAUAAUGACCUGCUGCCAAGUCUUCUCUCAGGAAUUGAGCGCUCUGCCUCUUCGCUCAAUGGGAUGAAGGUCCUGUAUGCCUGUUGCCAUGUCAGUCUGACUCUGUGCCACCGCUUAGCAACUCCAGAAAGGCUGAGUUCCCUGAUCUGUGCCCUGCAAGGCAAGGUCCCACUAACUGGAGUGGCACAAGUACAGGCAGCUGAAGCCUCACUGAGACUCUUCUCCCUCCUGCUCCUCCAGCUACAGAUCCUCCCACCUCAGUCUGAAAUAGUGCUGAAGGAAGCCGUGGCUCUUUUCAACCAUGCAACAGCUACCUCUGUUCUAAGUGCUGCAGGAUUGCUGCUGACAUACUUCAUUCAAAAUGGCGCUGCUGUGAUGAUCAGGCAAGAGGAAGCCAUGGCCAUUAUAGCUACUGUAUUCACAGAACCUGCGGAGCUAUGCCUGCCACCUCCCAUGGGAGCUGGCUUCUAUGAUGGGCUCCUGCUCUUGAUGCUGCAACUAUUAAGCCAGGGAGAUGCAGCAGUAGUGCGGGAGUUUGCUACCUCCGAACUCUGGGGCAUUGUGUGGCAUCGCUUUGCUAUGGUGCUCCACUUGACUUCUCAGGAGCCAGUGAUGGAAGGAGACACCCCGAGAGCUGGCCAGCAGGCACCAGAGCCAUACUGGAACCUCAUCUCACCACAAGGAACCUUGCUCUUCCUCAGCUUAGCCCUCUUCAUCUUCACACGAGAGCCUCACCAGUGCCUUCUCCAGCUGGGCCAGCCCAAUGGGGUCAUGAUGGCAACCCUGAGCAAGCUGCUUGAACCUGACUUCCUGACUUACUUGGCACAAACGCAGAUGCAAGAGGAUGGUGACCCAGAGCUGGUGUCAGCUGUUGUGCUCCAAAUUUGCCAGCUGUUCUGUUUCCCCUUUGCUCUGGACAUGGACCCUGAAACUUUGGAGCUUAUCACAACAGGUCUAAGGGACUCUGAAAUCCCUGCACGGUUACUCCAGGCCUGCAUUCACCACCUUCCCUUCUCAGAGACAGAGUUGCCAUUGAGUCUCCUGUGCCACUUGGUGCUGAGCGACGAGGGAGUCAUUGAGCAGGUGGUGGGGGUGGCUGCCUCAAAGCAUGCUGUUGCCUUCUUGUCUGCCAUUUUGCUAUCAGACCAAGUAGCCCUUACUGCAGACUUGCUCUCUCUGCUCACCCACAUAGCCCGGGCCAGUCCAGCUCACCUGCCUUUCCUACAGAGACUCCUAUGUGGUUCAGACUCUGCUUCCCAACCACUGAGCCACCUGCUGUGCCACCAAGAAUGCCCGGUUCGUGCCAAAACUUGUAGCCUUUUGGGGAACUUGCUGCGCCACAGACAGGGGUUUCCUCAGGUUCUGCAGGACCAGAUUGGGCUGCUGGAACAUCUGCUGGAACGACUUUCGGAUGAGGACGAACAUGUGCGACGCUCAGCCAGCUUUGCUGUUGGCAAUGCAGCCUACCAGGCUGGUCCUCUUACUCCAGCCCUCAGCAAAGCAGUCCCUUGGGUUGUUCAGCUCCUGAGUGAUCCUCAAGCCAAGACCCGCUGUAAUGCAGCUUCAGCACUGGGCAACUUGGGCCGCCAGUCGGUGGAACUGGAGGAUUUGCUGAUCCAGAGCAGGGUACCUGGUCGUCUAUUGGAUGUGGCCUGCCAUGAUUCGCAACCAGCUGUGCAAGAGGCAGCACUCAUUGCUCUUCGAUCUAUUGGCCAGCAGCCCAGGAUCCACCAGGUGCUGGUGUCACUUGGAGCAAGUGAAAAGUUGGAAGCACUUUCAUGUAACAAACCUCAGACUAGUGCUUACAGCAGCCCACGGCCCUCAUCAUCAAGGCAUUGUAAGAAAUUGAUCCACCUCCUGCAGCCUGCACACAGUGCCUAAGAAUUCAAGAGGGUUCCAACGUGCUCUUCCUUCCAAACACCAGAGGUUUGGAGAACCAUGGAGCUGAAAUAUCAUUGCAGCUACUGUCUUGGAGUGGCCUUCAAUAUGCCGAAAUGUCAAGAGCGCGCUAGUCUUUCUAGCUGAAGUUGGAAGUAGAACUCUGUUUUACAUCAUCUGAACAGAGGUACCACAGUCCGCUGUUCAGUAAGGACACCAUCCAAGCACCAUUUUCUUGCUAUGAACCAUCCAUGGAAAAAGCCAAGCUGCUGUGUUCUCCUAUCUAAACAAGACGUGUAGCAAAAACCCUAGCUCAGUGCACUCUACAUUAAGUGCCUUGGGAUACUGGUCUUUGUUUUUUCUUUUUUUCUGAGAAUUUCUUCCUUUCCCUUUGAAGAAGAGUGGACAGCCACAAGUCACCAAGCAUCCCUACUUAAAAGCAGAAAAGAGAACAGUGGCAUUGCUGGCCAGAAUAAAGUAGUACCUCUUUUGCUUUGACUUUUGCAGGUUAAGUUGUGGGUCAGAAGGCCGGAAGCAUUUUCAGUUUUUGAUAGGAGUUAUAGUAUCCCCCCUGGAGCCUCUGAUCAACUAAUGGACUGCAUCCAUUAUUUGUUUUAGUAUUUCUUUGACUAGGACCCUGACCCAGUUGGUCUCUUGCUUUUUUUAUAUUUAAUACUGUGCUUUUGUAAUAAAACCUGGCUUGUUUUCUCA